UCUGUUCUCCGCCUUUUGCUUUUCCGCGUGUUGAAUAAACCCGCAGUUUUCCUCACUCGACGAUGACGAUGAUAUCGUUUCGUGUGGCUCUGCUUGUAGUGAUCGCUCUGAAUCAAAUUGCCAGCAACGAUUUUUGGUCGCAAAGAAGAUGUUGUGCCAAUGCUGAACAAACUACAACAACCACCGAGGACGAGGUAAAGCGCGAAGCCAAGUCUCUCGUAGAAAUUGCACUUCGCAGAGUCGCAGAUGUCGAGCGACAGCUUCAAGAACGGAAUGGCACAUGUGACAAGGUUGAUUUACUGAACAUAACUUUUGACGAAAGGAGAUGGAGGCAAGAAGCUCUUUUGACGGUACAAGUGGCUAACCUUAUGACAUCGCUGUGGCGCUCGCGCGGGAGAGACGGUGAUCCCAUUGGAGCUAACGACGCGCUUCUGUACCACUACGUGCGCUCGAUCGUUUUAUUUUCGCCGUCUGUCUUCGGUUCAGUGAUUUGCUUUGACAACUAUUUGUACAAGAACUAUACAAGGUUUUGUCCCUAUGCAUUCAGGGAUUCUAAAUUAAAAAAAAAAAUUCGUGUCAAAGAUAUAGUUUCGGCGAGUCAAGGUUACGACUACACGACGGACGAAAACGCGAUUUGGUGGCACAAACCUAAAAAUAAAGCGCUUACAUUCCGUCCCGAGAGCAUCACAAGCUAUUAUCAAGUACGAUACAAUUUAACCCACACGGAUAAGCUGAAAAAACGGGUCUUCCCGCAUGUGACAUUUGAAAAUGGGGCAUGGACACGACCUUACUUCGACUGCUUUGGUGGAAAGAUUUGGAUGGUGACCUAUCUCGCUCCUUUUUACAACGAAACGGACGACUUCCUAGGUGUGGUCAGUAUCGAUGUGGUACUUAGCGACAUUGACAUUAACCAGUGUGACGAGCAGGAGUCCUCUGAAUCUGAUGAAGGAGAGGGGAAAGGACUCGGAUAUGCAUCUGAUAAUUUAAUGGAAUUCAUGGGUACUCAUCUCUGUAAGGAAUCAACAGAGUGUCAAGCAAUCCACAAUCAAGGAUUCAAGCGAGGGAGCUACAUAUGCACAUGUAAGCGAGGCUUUUACUUCCCUGACAGUCAGGCGUCUGUAAAGGCUUUUAACGGAACCCUCAUUGAGCUCCAACACGAUCGAUAUCUACGAGGCGACCCAAACUCUUACGAAGAGGACUUCGAAUGCAUUCGUUGCAGUGUUGGAUGCGACGAGUGUGUUGACGACAAACCAUGCGUUUACAGCUCUAACAGCUAUAUCCGUUUACCGCUGUUUUUUCUGAAUGCACUCGUUAUGUGUGUGGCUGUAGCAUUUGCUGUAUGCGUGGGAAUACACUGGAAUAAUAAGAUUUUCAAGGCCUCCAGCACGCGCUUCAUGGAAAUAAUAUUGUUGGGCGCUACCUUAAUGUACUCAAAGCUCAUCGUUUCAUACUUCGAACCUACAAGCCUCCGUUGUAUUGCACGACCCUGGUUGCGUCAUAUUGGAUUCGUUCUGGUGUAUGGAUCUUUGGCACUUAAAACCUGGAGGGUGGCAAUAAUAUUUCAAGUGCGAUCGGCCCAGAGGCUCGCUUUAUCAGACAGGGUGCUGUUGAGACGCCUAGGUCUAUUGGUACUGUUAUACUCUGCUUAUCUCACUGUAUGGACAGCAAUGGCGCCACCAGACAUUGAAGUGGCGAGGACAUCCGAUGACCUGAAGUUUACGCGCUGUGUAGAGAAUUGGUUUGAUUUUACGGUCAUAUUCGCCGGGGACAUUGUGUUGUUGAUUUGGGGAAUGUGGCUUUGUUACAAGAUCAGAAAUGCACCGGCAGCUUAUAACGAGAGCAAGUACAUUAGCUGGGCCAUUUAUAACGCUAUGUUCGUCACCAGUUUCCUUAUGGUGGUCAGGAUCACAACGAAAAGAAGAACCAACCCAGACAUGAUGUAUGCUCUAGACUUUGUUCUGAUUCACAUGGACUGUUCUACUGUGUUAUUUCUGAUGUUCAUCCAUAAGUUUUUGUUGUUACGCCAAAUGCAAAAAUCAGUGAAUAACGCUGUUCCAUCAAACAACAACAUGCUUGUACCAGAUGACGAAAUUGUUGUGGAAAGAAUACCUUAUAAUCAAGAGGACUUGUUGAUGAAAGAAAACCAAGUAUUGAAGGAUGAGAUGCGGCGACUGAGUGAAAAACUAGCUGUUCUUCAGUCUCGCCUGAUGACAGAUGACAACCAUCCAGUAGAUAGUAUAACCUCCCGCCAACGACAGCGAGCUUUCACCGCACCUGUUAAAGAAACAGGAGGUGAUCUGAAAGCAAAACGACUGCCAUUACAGCUGCCACUAUCACAGCUGCCACCAUCACAGCUACCUCACUGCCAAAGAGACAAGGAAAAGUCCUCCAAGAAUCUGAUGUCCGAUGUUAAUGAAAGCCAGGAAGCGAGUUUUCCACAGAAGCUGAAUCAGGCAUCAUCUUCAACAUCAUCGCUCAGUUCGGUUUCCGUGCAUAGCAGAGAGGUUUCCCAGAAAAACGCAUCUGAUUCUCAGUAACAGUUGGCUUUGUGCAUAAAAACUUGCCGGAGU